UUGUUGUUUUUGUGCAACUUGGUCGCUCCACUGAAAGUCUCGUGAUUGUCGUAUUUUUAUUGUUUUUGUGAUCUUUUUUAAAUAAAAGUGUUGAUUGAAGUAAUUAUUUUACAUAGUAUUAAUAUUCCUAAUAAUGAUGCAGUUUAUGUUGUUGUUCAGCCGACAAGGUAAACUCCGAUUGCAAAAAUGGUACGUCGCACAUCCCGACAAGGUAAAGAAGAAGAUCACUCGAGAGCUAAUUACGACGAUUUUGUCCCGAAAACCUAAGAUGUGUUCCUUUCUGGAAUGGAAAGAUUGCAAAAUUGUUUACAAAAGAUACGCAAGUUUGUAUUUCUGCUGUGCAAUUGAACAAAAUGAUAACGAGUUGCUUACCCUCGAGAUCAUACAUAGAUACGUGGAACUUUUAGAUAAAUACUUCGGAAGUGUUUGUGAGCUGGACAUAAUUUUCAACUUUGAGAAAGCUUACUUUAUUCUGGAUGAGCUGCUGGUUGGCGGCGAGAUCCAGGAAACGUCGAAAAAGAACGUUUUAAAAGCUAUUGCCGCUCAGGACGUCCUCCAAGAGGAUGAAACGGUAGAUGGCGCACUGCGUGAGAUUGGACUGCUUUGAGAAAAAAAGGGAACCCAAAAAAAAGCGGGCGCUCCGGUUUCGAACCUUGACAUCCACCUUACCUCGUAGGCCCUGUAUAUGUGUCUGUGUGCGUGUGUCUGUGUGUUUACCGAAUACACAUUUUUAAUAAAAAUUCGUGUUAAGGCUGCGUAGUGUUUUUGUUUCUUAUAAGCAAGAAAAAAAGGCUGCACAGACGACUAUGGAUAAUGCAGAGCAUGUUCCUUUAGCAGGCUCUUUACCGAGCAAUGAAAGUGUUCGUCGGAAUUGAUUUGUGUUGAGUUUCAAUUUGACAAUGUGUUGUGUCAAAGAUUAAUUGAACAAUCAUUGUUCUCAACCGAUAAAUAUUUACAAGAAUUUCCUCCUAACCUUCGUGAAGUUAGUUUUAAAUUGAAGAAGCCAACGGUACGGUAUAAGUUGCAUUUUGCAUGCUCUUCUGUGCACGCCCUUUUUGUAUGAAUAAGAAUUUCCACCUUUGAGAGGAUUGAACGCGCAUCGCGCAUACGCAUAAGGGUCAGUUUUUAUUUACAAACAAUUUACUAUUUUUAUAUGUUUACUAUACUGACGUAGUUUAAUUGAUGAAUUUUUUAUGCGUCACCUGCAUUUAUUUGAUUCAAGUCCAUCGAAGAUUCCGUACAUGCAGAAUUAAUAAAAAAGUAAUUGUCUAGGUACCACAACAAAGCAGGAUUCAAGUUACUAUUCGGUGCUGUUUUUGAAUUACUGUGCACUUUAUAGUUUAUACGUGUUAUUUAGAUUAUUUUAUGACUAAUGAUAAGAUAUCUUAGCUGAUUAGGGUUACUAAUUGCUUUUUCUGUUACCAAACGGAACAAAAAAGUUACUGAAAAAUAAAAGUUACCUGUUAGAAGUUCUUUCAGUGAUACAUUUUGAACUCGCGCUGUAUCUGAAUCAGGGAAACACUACUUGUAAGCAAUAUCGCUAGGACAAUACCUGUAGAAAUAAACUUAACAUACACGUUUUAAACAGCUCUACUUUCACUCUUUAUGUACGAAUGGUGGUUGGUUUAACAAAUGUUUUGAUAUGUAUGAUUACUAGCAACAGAUUGUGCAUUAGUGCACUGUGUCUGUUAGUGUAGAAUCCUUCUCCUCUGAUCGUAGAUUGCUCAUCACAAAUGACCGACUAAACCGCUAUUGUAAGUAGAACUGUAAGGUGAGUUUUAGCGUUCGUAGGUUCAAAAUGAUAACAAGAAGUUUAACUGUGGCCGAUCACAGAGAAGUGCAUUGUUGAGAUUUUCUCGUUAUCAUAUGCUAGUAGUAUUUAAUUUAUUAUGGUGCAAUCGAGUUGAAUCAGGUUUUAUCUCGAGCAUUGUAUAUUUCAGAAAACAAUAAUCAAAUGCAUGCUCUGCCGGGGAAACCCGCAACUUAUGGUGGAUUGUUUAAAUCAUUCGAUGC